AUGGCAAGUGAUAUGACAACUCCAUGGCUUGUUGGAGGAGAUUUUAAUGUGAUUUGGGAUGAGGAGGAGAAGUUUGGUGGUUUACCUGUGCAUAUUAAUGAAGUUGAUGAUUUUAGGCAUUGUAUUAAUACCUGCAACCUGUCAGAUUUGGGCUUUAAAGGAAGUAUUUACACCUGGUGGAAUGGAAGAUCAGAUGAGGAUUGCAUUUUUAAAAGGUUAGAUAGAUGUUUGGGUAACAGUGAAUUGCAGCACUCCUUUCCUGGUUUGCAGGUGACUCACUUAUCAAAAACAGGAUCUGAUCAUUGCCCAUUGCUACUUAAAUGUGAUAUUGAAUCCCCUCCCAUUAAGAAAGCAUUUAGAUUUCUUAAUUUUUGGACAAAGCAUGAAUCUUUUCUAGAUGUGGUGAAAGAAAACUGGACUGCAGAUUUUAGUGCUAAUCCAUUUGUACUUUUCAAUUUUAAAUUGAAAAAACUUAAAAAAGCACUAUCAGUCUGGAGUAGAGCUACUUAUGGUGAUAUCUUCCAGAAGAUUGCAAGUUUAGAGGAGUUAGUUUUGGUUCAUGAAAGGCAAUUUGAGAUCAAUCCUACUCAGAUGAACAAACAAAGGCUGCAUAAGGUUCAAGCUGAAAUGAUCAAGUAUCUUGCCUUGGAGGAGGAGUUUUGGAGGCAGAAAUCAGGCAUGAUGUGGUUUAAGGAUGGUGACAGAAAUACUAAAUUUUUCCAUGCACAAGUUAAAGGAAGAAGGAAGAGAUUGAAGCUUACAAGGAUUCAAAACAGUAGAGGUAAUUGGAUAGAAGAGGAAGAUCUAAUUGCAGAGGAGGCAGUAAAUUUUUACAAGGACCAAUUUUCAGAAAGGUCAAUUCCUACUGACUUUAGUAUUCUGGAUCAUGUGCCUUCUAUGGUUACUACUGAACAGAAUGAGAGGUUGAUGGAACUUCCUACUGCACAAGAAGUAAAGAAAGCAGUCCUGGGAUUGAAUGGGGAAUCUGCAGGUGGUCCUGAUGGAUUUACAGGGGCCUUUUAUCAUAAAUGUUGGGAUAUUAUUGAAGGUGAUGUGGUGGAUAUGGUUAAAGCUUUCUUCUGUGGGCAACAACUUCCUAAGAGUGUGACUCAUACAAAUCUGGUUCUUUUACCAAAAAGGAAGGAGAUUAUGACCUUUGCAGACAUGAGACCUAUUAGUCUAAGCAAUUUUGUCAACAAGAUCUUUUCUAGAGUGAUUCAUGAGAGGUUGGUGGAAAUGUUACCUAAUCUAAUAUCAGAGGAGCAGGCAGGUUUUGUGAAAGGAAGAAGUAUAGUUGAAAAUGUUCUUCUAACUCAAGAAAUCAUCACUGAUAUAAGGCUUAGAACUAAGGCAGGUCCAAAUGUGGUCAUUAAGCUUGAUAUGGCAAAGGCAUAUGAUAGGCUAUCAUGGCUUUUCCUAACAAAGAUGUUGAGAAAACUGGGAUUUUCUGAAGCUUUUAUUGGUAUGAUAUUUGAUCUAGUUAGUAAUAAUUGGUAUUCUAUACUGAUUAAUGGUCAACCAAAUGGUUUUUUCAAGUCAUCUAGGGGUGUUAAACAAGGGGAUCCUUUAUCACCUACAUUAUUCAUCCUAGCUGCAGAAGCUUUAUCAAGAGGUCUGAAUUCUCUACACUCUAGUUUAUAUUUUUGUGGAUUUGGAUUACCAAAGUGGAGCCCUAAAAUAAACCAUUUAUCCUAUGCUGAUGAUACCAUAAUUUUCUCUUCAUCUGAUGAUACUUCUUUGAGGCUUGUUAUGGAAAUUUUACAUGCAUAUGAGGCAGCUUCUGGACAGUUAGUUAAUAAAGCAAAGUCUGCCAUAUACAUGCAUCAUUUAACAGAUUCUACAGUGGUUAGUAAGGUGGAAAGUAUCACAGGUAUAGGAAAGCAAGAGUUUCCUUUCACUUACUUAGGAUGUCCAAUUUUUUAUGCAAGAAGGAGGAUGGAUUACUAUGAAGGCUUGAUCUCUAAGGUAAUGGAUAAACUACAAUCAUGGAAAGGCAAACUUCUUUCAGUAGGUGGCAGGGCUGUACUAAUUACAAAUGUACUUCAGAGUAUGCCUGUUCACCUCUUGUCAGCAGUGAAUCCCCCAAAUUAUGUCAUCAAUAGGUUGCAUAAAAUUUUUGCAAGAUUCUUUUGGAACAGUAAUGUUGGGGGAGUUUCUAGACAUUGGGCUUUAUGGGCUAACCUGUGUAUGCCUUAUGAAGAAGGAGGUAUAGGUUUCAGAUCUCUACAUGAUGUCUCUAAGGCUUUGUUCUGUAAAUUGUGGUGGAAUUUUAGGACAAAACCUAGUUUGUGGAGUUCCUUUAUGAGUCAGAAAUAUUAUAAGAAGCUUAAUGCAGUAAUUGUACCAUGGAGGGAAGGUUCACAUACUGAGUUGGGAGCUUUAUAUUUUCUACUUCCUCCAAAUUUUGCUAUUGAUGAGAAUAUUCAGAAUGUUAAUGAUCUUAUGCAAGAGGGCAGAUGGAAUGUAGAGAGAAUUCAUGAAAUUUUACCACCAGACUUGGCACAACAUAUAGUGCAGAACAUUAAGCCACCUAUGGAUCACAAUGAAUUAGACAAACCAUUCUGGAUGCUUGAAACAAGAGGUAACUUUUCAGUUAAGUCUGCAUGGGAAUACUUGAGAAGAAGAAAUAAUCCAAGCAUUGCCUAUAAGAUGUUUUGGGUAAAAGGAUUGCCUUUCAAGAUUUCUUUUUUCAUAUGGAAGGUGUGGAAAGCCAAACUCCCACUAGAUGACUUUAUGAGAAGAUUAGGAUACUUCAUGCCAUCUAAAUGUUGGUGUUGUGCAGACCCUAAGGAGGAGUCUUUAGGUCAUCUAUUCUUUACAUCUAAUGCAGCUAGAAUUGUAUGGAGAUAUUUCCUCAGGAGGGCAGGAAUAGCAGUGGAAGGAAUAUCUUUACAUCAGGCAAUCACAAAAUGUUGGAUGGCUAAAGUAAUUCCUAGAUUGAAGCCAAUAAUGCAAGCUUUGCCAGCAUGUAUUGUUUGGGAGCUAUGGAAGAGGAGAAACUCAUUGAAAUAUGGGACUGCUGUGUCAGUAAGCAGGGUAAUCUAUCAAGUCUCAUCUACUUUGCAGAAUUUGGUGCAAUCAAGAAAGCCAGGUUUACAGGUCCCACACAACUGGUCAGAACUAUUACAAAUGCUGGAGCAAUAUACACCAACACUAAAGCAUGAGAAGGUGAUAUGGGAAUUUCCACAAGUUGGUUGGAUAAAGGUUAACACUGAUGGAGCAUGUAGAGGUAAUCCUGGGAGAAGCUCUAUAGGUUUUUGUUUGAGAGAUGAAGCAGGAGAAUUAAAAUAUGCACAGGGGAAGGAGAUCAGAGAGGGUACAAAUACUGAAGCUGAGGCAGCAGCAAUUUUGGAGGCCUUGAGAAUGUGUAGAGCCAUGAAUUUCAGUCAGGUUUGGUUGCAGACUGAUUCCUUACUUUUGAAAAACAUAAUUGAGGGAUUAUGGAAGCCCCCCUGGUGUAUUGUUGACCAGAUAGAGGAAAUACUGAGAUUGAAAGGGGAGUUUAAUUUCAGAAUAUCACAUACAUUCAGGGAAGGUAAUCAGGUGAAGGAAUCCACUGCAGCAUGGGUACAAAGAGCUUUUAAAAUCAAUGAGGUUGCAAUAAAUACCUCAGUUCAAGAGGUACCAUCUCAAGACACCAUGGUGGAGGCAGAUUUGGCAAAAAAUAAUCAGAAGGAAAAGAUUGUGGACACUGAUUUUGAAGUGUUCAAAAGCAAUGAAAAGAUCAAAUGGAGUGGAAGCAAGCUAUGGGCAAAUCAGACUGAAGAGGAUGCAGAGGAAGGACUAAUACCUGAUGCAAUGCAAAGUGAGGAAGAAGAUGGAGGGGAUACAAAAGAAGAUGAGGAUCCAAGUGUAAAUGAUAAACAAAAAGGUACAGAAUCUACAGUGCCUAAGGCUGUAAUCAAUGAAGAAGGGGUUGCCAAACAGCAACAUAACAACAAGAAGAGUCAAAAUACUAAAGAAGCAACUGGUGAGGCAGAUCUACAACAGCUAAACAAGGAGAAGACUGUGGCAACUAAUGAGGUGGAUAUUAGCAACAUUGAUCCAGGGGGAACAAUUCCUGACCCUAUUGGUGUUUCUAGUGCAAAUGCAGAUCCCAUUUCAGUUGCUAAGCCCAACAAGGGGCAGGCUGUACAACAAUCCCAGCAGAGUCCAAAUGUGGUAGAUGAUAAAGAAGGGGAAGCAGUAGAAGUGAACAAAAAGAAGAAGAUGCAGGAGCUGACUGGAAACAUAGAUCCAUUGGGGAACAAUCAAAAUGAUGAUGCAAUUGUAUCUAUCACUAAAGGUUCUAAUAUGAUGGUUGCAGCUAAAGAAAAGUUGAUAGGUGCACAAGAAGAUCAGGCAGCAGACAUGGAUGAAGAGUCUACUGCACAGAACUUCUUAAAUAUAGCUAGGCAAGGUGAUUUGUCUCCUAGACAAAUUGAUCAAGUAAAGUCUGCAGCUAAGGGCAAAAGAAAGCAAACUAAGGAGGCAUCAACUGUCCCAACAGGAGGUGUACAAACAAGGAGAACUUUGUCUAAAAAUCAAAAUCUUUAA